AUGCCGGAGAUCAAAAUUGUGAUAGAAUUUGAAAACAGAGGCAUCCAGCUGGUCAGUGAUGACCAGGACUGGUCCUGGGCUGACGCUCCCCACCGACCGCUGGCGGGAAAGGCGGCCCACCGUCUGCAGGCUGAGCGGAAGGUCGCGACCUGCCUUCACACCGUCGUGAAGUGGGUCCCGCCAUCUUUUCUGGGAAAGCCACCAAUCACACCUGCCACCAGCGGGCUCGGUGUUGACCUAAGACCUCAGGAAAACCACAGAAAAUGGUUGCAGAUUGAAGCUGUCAAAAGGGGGAUUCUGGAAUCGCUGGGAUUGGAGCAGCCACCAGUAAUCAGGAAGCGUGCGAGCAGGGAGGAGGAGGAGAGAAUGUUGCAGCUCUUCCUACGAGGAGACAGCAAGCAGCACAACACAAGCAGGAAGCUGAGCUAUUCCCUAGACCCUGUCAGAUCAGUCACUGUCUUUCCAGUGGAGAUUGAAAGAGCCAGAGACAGUGGAGCGACUACUCAAGAGGAGAGAGGCCUUGCUGAGAGAUUAACCCUGAGUGUUUCCAGGAGUAAGGCUAUUUUCCCAGGUUUAAAGGUUCUUCGUGCUGAGUUAAAAUGUUACAAACAUCUCCGAAUCACCGAGCAUCUAGAAAGGCUGAAUUCCAGCUUGGGAUGGCAGGUUAAUGUUUACAAGAUAUUGGAGACCAGCAGCCAGGGUGAAGAAGAGUCUCAGCUGAUUGAUUCCAAGGCCCUACACUCUGGGCCCAUCAUCACCUUCAGUCUCAAUGUCAAGCCACUUAUUGAGCUCUGGGCAGACAGUGGCCUGCAGCAAGUCAGAAUGCAGCUCACAAUUUCCCCAGCCCACCCCGAGAUUUUCCUGUUGACCACACGUAUAAGGGAUUCUCUGACGUUGGAAGUUGAGACCGAGGAGGUGAAAAGUAUCAGGAGAGAACGUAGAGCAACAAGCUCAACUGAGGAUUGUUUGAGAAAACAGAAGCGCUGUUGCAGGAAACCUUUGCUGGUGUCAUUUAAAGAGAUCGGAUGGAGUGAUUGGAUCAGGGCACCUGAAUCCUACAAUAUGUAUAUUUGUGCAGGUUCCUGCCCUGCCAAUUACAAAGCUGCCAACAUGCAUGCCAUGAUUAAAUCUGCAAUGAACCAGCUCUCUGGAGGAGCCAGUCCAGGACUCUGUUGCAAUCCUGCAGCCUAUGAACCAAUGACACUGCUGCACUACAGCAGUGAGGGCAAACUCACACUCACAGCCUUUGAUGACAUGAUUGUCACCAAUUGUCAUUGCUCCUAA